AGUUAAGUGUCACAAUCAAACAGAAAUAGAACUUUUCUUUUCAGCUUCCUGAGCUCUUUCCGGAUCUUUCUAUGAGCGUUUCUUCCUGUUACCUCCUCACCCUGGUUAAUGUCUGAAUCUACUGCUGUAGAUUUCCAGAUGAACGGGACCAGGUACCGUCGGAUGGUUCAAGUCUGCUUCCUCGCAGAAUGAACGUGAGAUGUUCUCUGCUGAGAAGGAAGACGUUUCCCCGCCGGCUGGUGCUACUGGCCGUCCUGUGCGUCUGCAUCUACGUCGCUCACAAUCUACGUCGCCCGGCGCCAACGCCGCCGCCUCCACGCCACGCGCCGACGUUUCGCAAGUACAACGUGAGCUGCUCGGCCGUAUACGACCUGGACCCGGUGGAGGUGGGGCGGUCGCUGGUGAUCAGGAGGAAGGAAGUCUCAGAGGACCCGGAUGAGACUCUGCGCGACCUCACAGCCGACUGCUCGCUCUUCCUUCAGGUCCGGGGUUACGACGACGUGUGCGCCACCGAGCAGGAGAGACAUUUCCAAUUGGCGUACUCGCUGGUGGUGCACAAGUCUGCCUGGAUGGUGGAGCGGCUGAUCAGGGCGCUGUACUCGCCGAGUAACAUCUUCUGCAUCCACUACGACCAGAAGUCCUCAGCUACGUUUGGGUCGGCAAUGGAAGGUUUAGCUCGCUGCUUACCCAACGUCUUCAUCGCCUCCAAGCGCGAGUACGUCAUUUACGCCGGCAUGAGUCGCCUGAAAGCCGACCUCAACUGUCUCUCAGAUCUCCUCGAGGUGGACAUCUCCUGGAAGUACGUCAUCAACCUCUGCGGGCAGGACUUCCCCCUGAGGACCAACAUGGAGCUGGUGUCAGAGCUGGCCGGUCUAAAGGGCGCCAACAUGCUGGAGACGUCCCGACCUAGCGAGUACAAGAAGCAGAGGUUCACCUUCCACCACGAGCAGAAGGACCGGACGUCGCCAAAGAAAACGGAGCUGGCCAAGAGCGCCCCGCCUCACGGCAUUGAGAUGUUCAUUGGCAACGCCUACUUCGUGCUCUCGCGUGACUUUGUUGUCUACAUGAGCACCUCCGCCGUGGUCAAAGACUUUCUGACCUGGUCAGAGGACACGUACUCGCCCGACGAACACUUCUGGGCCACGCUGAUGAGACUGCCGGGCGUACCGGGCGAGGUGCCCAGGAGCGAGCCGGACAUCACCGACCUGAUGAGCAAGACCCGUUUGGUCAAAUGGCACUACCUGGAGGAGGCUCUCUACCCGCCCUGCACGGGGAAACACGUCCGCAGCGUUUGCAUCUACGGCGCGGCCGAAGUGCGCUGGUUGCUAAACAGCCGCCAUUGGUUCGCCAACAAGUUUGACCCCAAAGUGGACCCGGUAGCCAUCCAGUGCCUGGAGGAGAUACUGCAGGAAAAACAAAAGUUCCUACAAUCCAAAGCAACGUCCACUUGUGACUAAUGACUUCUUCACCAAGUCUGAAGGCUUUUUACACCACGAACGAACGGACUCCUUUGGUGUCCCACAGGGAUCAAUCCACAGUCCAUCUUCCCUCAUUCAUCUUAACCCUUUAUUGCAACAAGGAAAUCAUACCUGCCAUAUUUGGUAACUUGAGUGGUUGACCAGCAGUGCCAUUUUUGGUUCUUGGGAUGGAUUAAUUCAUUGAGGCCUGUAGGCAUACUUGCCAACCUUGAGA